GAUCGAUCAGCAAAAGCAUUGCUUGCUUUUCAUGGCGAUUCGCGCUGGCUUCGCGGGCAUGGACGUAAAGAGGAGGAGGCCUAUUUCCGCAUGAGGGAGCUGCAGCAGCAGCUGCUGCUGCCUGGCUGCUUCUCGGGGGCACCUCGGCAUUGAUUGAUUGAGUCCAUGCCUGCUGGCCAUCCGAGGUGAAUGAAUGGAUGACUGAAUGAAAGACGAAGUGGAGGGCUGGAAGGGAGCCAUGACCUGGGGCAAAGAAACGAACGCCAGUGCGUGAGGUAGUGAUGAUAGAGAAGAAGCGUGCUCUUGGUGCUGCAUGUCAACCCACUCUGACCUGCUAUAACUGGACCGAUUGACAUUUACUUUCCGCCCCCCCAGAAUUUCCUUUUGUUUAUCAAUUUAGUCAUCUCGUCUUUUCACUGUUGUGUCGUUGUACUCUUUCGGGAGUUGUCGUCUCUGCUGUGCUGUGCUGCCCCGCCCCUGGCCCUGCCCCGGCCCCAGACCUCUCCCCCCCCCCUCACUCGUCUUUCCUUUUCUGAGGAGGGAGUGGUGAACUACGACGCUGCUGCUGCUCCUGAGUACUUGCUCGCACUAGUUCGCCUCUCAAGGCCUCAUUCAUUCGCUCGCCUGCCUGAGGCGUGGCCUGGCAUUCUGUCAGCCCAGACAGCUUGCGACUGAGGAGCACUCGCGGGUAGAUUGGAGCAAACGCAGAGCCCAGCGCUCCUGGAAGCUCGUGUCUGAUGGUGCACUUGCACUGGCCAUGUUUUUUGGAGGUACGAAACUGAGCAGCGUCACCGUUGAUGCCACAGGCAGGAAAUUCUUUCAUCGAUGAGCAAGCGCAGCUGUUGACAAAGUCGAUCGUUUCCUCUCUCCUACAACAUCAACCGAGAAUGGCCACCAUGUCCAGCCUCUGUAUCAGAUCGUUCUGGACAUUGGUGCUCGUGUCUCUCAUCGCUGUUUCUGUGCCCCCCGCCGGUGCGUGGGAUCCCUUGGAUCCUAACGGCAAUAUUCUUAUCAGAUGGGACAUUAUGGGAUGGACCGCAGAUGGAUACGUCGCAACCGUGAAUAUUAUAAACACUCAGCAGUAUAGGGGAUUGAAGAGCUACCAGCUCGGAUGGCAUUGGGGCAAGAAGGAAAUCAUAUGGACAAUGCAAGGUGCUAGGGCAACAGAGCAAGGCGAUUGCACCAGGGUGCCCACGACUCCACCACCGCACUCGUGUAUUUCUACUCCCGAGAUCAUCGAUCUUCAACCCGGUGUUGCCUACAACCAGCAGACAGCGAACUGUUGCAGGAACGGAGUUAUAUCACCCGUGGCUCAGGAUCCCAAAAACUCAAUUUCCUCGUUCCAGAUUACUGUGGGUAGAAGCGGAAACACGAAUACCACCAUUCUCAUCCCGGAGAAACUCACCCUCAAGUCUCCGGAUCCCGGGUACACUUGCAGCGCACUGAAGAAGGUGCUUCCCACCAAAUUCCCAUCCCCUGAUGGCAAGAGGAACACCCAAGCUUACGUUACGUGGAACGCAACUUGUGCCUACUCGCAGUUCCUGGCGCAGAAAGCACCAACUUGCUGUGUGUCUCUUUCGGCAUUCUAUUCUUCGAAGAUCGUUCCUUGCAUGGACUGUGCCUGCAAUUGCGCGCCCAAUAGCACCAGUGAAGGCCUUCAUCAACUGCCGGGCACGGACCAGACCUGCGUCGCACCAAAUGACAAGAAGGCCCUGCAGAUGGCACUCACCACCGGGAAAAAAGCUCCGAAUCUGUUCUGCACGAAAGAUAUGUGUCCUAUCAAAAUUCACUGGCACCUCAAAGAGAACUACAAGGAGCACUGGAGAGCAAAGGUCACCAUCACCAACCGAAACCUCCAGCAGAAUUACACGAACUGGAAUCUUGUACUCCAGCAUCCGAAUUUUGUGAACUUGACCACGUCGUUCAGUUUCACACAGAAGGCUCUGACUCCGUAUGGGGAUGUCGCAAAUGACACCUCGCUGUUCUGGGGAGUGAAAUACUACAACGACAUGCUCAUGCAGGCUGGUGCAGAAGGGAAUGUUCAAUCUGAGCUACUGUUUGCCAAGGAUUCCUAUUUCACCUUGAACAAAGGGUGGGGUUUUCCGUCACGAGUGUACUUCAACGGAGAUGAUUGUGUGCUUCCCGACGCCGCCGAUUAUCCGAUGUUGCCCAAUGGCAGCACGAAGGUACGAGGUGGUCUGGUAGUCAUUUUGUGCACACUGCUGUCCGCGGCCAUCUCGUUGACCUCGUUGUUCUGAAGCGAUUCCAACAACUUAGAGAUGUAAUUUAUAUCUACAGGUCCUGCAAUGAUUAGGGUAGGUCUCGGAACAAUUGAAAUUGUACAGUAUUUAUGGAGAUCGAACCACGUUUUGUGCUGCUUUGGCUUGUCAAAGGGGAUGAGCAGCACACAGAGCUCCAUCUCCUGUUUUACGAGUCAACAGAAAAUGCUUUGUCCUGGGGUCGUUAGGGAAAGCCAGUAUCGGCAAAUCUCCCGAUGGACUACUUCCCCUUGAAGUUAUAUCAUUAUCUUGUUUUUACGAGUUCGGUGUUGCACUCAAUGCUGCGGGGGAUGAGGCCCGGUGUUGGUGCGAAUUGAGUCGUACUUACCUUGUGGCUUCAGUCUAAAAUUUGCUCGAGAGAAUGUUCCACAUCAUUCUGAAAUAAGAACAAAUCAUGUGCCUUCAUGUGCC